GUUGUCGGGAUGUUCGUUUCUCUCAUCUGCUACUUAGAAAGACAAAGGGUCGGUGGGGGGCUGUUGACACCUCUGCGUCCGGCUGGAGUAUAAAUCAGGACUCUCCACAGAGCAGCAGCAACAUUCACCUUCCUGCUGCACCUGGAGGAGCCACAGCCUGUUUCUGCUGAGAUUGUAUUUUACCACUUUUUAAAACCAUCAGACAGAAUGCAGGUGCCGAACAGACCAGUUGGAGCUUAUGGAUACUCUGUGCGUAAUUACGCACCAGCAUCGCUGUACCCGCAGUACCAGGGGAGCCAGUGCGCGCAGACAACGAAGCCUCCAAGUGGGAAAUCUUUCACCAUCGAUGCUUUGCUCGCCAAGCCGGAGGACACGAGAAGCUGCCGGGCGAGUCCCACACAGUGCGGAGAGAAAUACCAACCAGCAGUCCCGGUGCUGCCGCUCACCGGACACGUGGGUUUACCGAUGUCAACAGCACCUUACGCCUACUCUCCAAACGUGCUGCACUCAGCGCUGCACACACAACCGGGACACCCAGUGUACUGCUGCCCGCCUUUCACCUACCAGCCGUCGUGUCGUGGAGCAUUUUACGCACAAGCUUCAUUGUCCAAAGUGAACGCAGGGCUGCACUCGUUCAAAACGAAAGGUGGGAAGUCUAAACGGAUGCGCACGAGCUUCACCAGCGAGCAGCUCUCCCGGCUGGAGAAGGAGUUCGCCCGGCAGCAGUACAUGGUCGGGUCCGAACGGUUCCUCCUGGCCUCGGCUCUGCAGCUCACAGAAGCUCAGGUCAAAGUCUGGUUCCAGAACCGGCGCAUCAAGUGGCGCAAACAGAGUCUGGAGCAGCAGCAGGCCAAGCUGGCCAAACUGGGUCUGGCUGCUCCGCCGAAAAGUCCCGGAUCUCAAGGCCACGGAGAUGAUGAGGAUGAGGAGUUCUCCGACCUGGACGUGGACAUUGACGUGUCUGAUGACUCGGCUGAUCACUGCUGACCGAACAUCCCCGGACUGUUUCAGACUGUUUGUACAUACUGCUGAGAAAAGAGGCGCGUGUCUCCAACUAUGGAUAUUUAA